AUGCCAUUCCCGUACAAGAAAGUCGUUGUGAUAGGGGCCAGCAGCGGCAUUGGUGAGGCUCUCGUCAGGAGACUCAUCGAUGAUGGUUCGUUUGUGAUCGCUGUCGCUCGUCGUAAAGAGAACCUGCAGAAGCUGGUGGAGGAAUACGGCCAUGAGAAGAUCCAAGCCGUACCUUUCGACAUCACCAAGCUCGAAUCCAUCCCGCACUUUGCUGAGAACAUCACCAGUACUCACUCGGAUGUCGACUGCAUCCUCUUCAACUCGGGCAUUCAGAGAAGGACGGACUUCAGCGACCCCGAUUCGAUAGAUAUCGACACUCUCAACCUUGAAAUGACAACCAACUACAUCUCUCAUCUGGCGCUGACCAAGGCUUUCCUUCCCCUGUUCCAGAAAAAGGGCAAAGAAGGCAAAGAAAGCGCACUUAUCUACGUUACCUCCGGACUGGCCAUGGUUCCCAUAACUCGUUGCAGCAACUACUGUGCCUCGAAAGCGGCAACGCACCAGUUUGUCCUGUGUCUUCGUGAACAGCUGAAGGGAUCGAAUAUCAAGGUGGUCGAGCUGUUUCCUCCCGCAGUGCAGACAGAACUUCAUGAUGAGAAGCAUCAACCCGAUAUCAAGAAUGGUCGACAGAUCGGGAUGCCUCUUGAUGAAUUCAUCGACAAGGCCUAUGCUGGACUUGCAAGUGGUAAGGAGCAAGUCCCGGUCGGGACAGCCGAAAAAGCAUUCGAAGCCUUCGAGACCAAGCGCCAGGAGAUUUUUGCCAACAUGGUCAAAGCCAUGGGUGGUGGUCCAUAA